AUGGGACGUUUGGAUGCUCGCACACAUAUAAUGCGCGCUUGUGCUGUCUUCAUCCUCUACCUUGUUACGCAAGCCGAAGAACACGCUGCUUCGAAAAAACGAAAAACCGUGAACGUUGAAGAUGUGGUGGUUGGUCUGAAAACUGCUGGUUUCGAAACGAUACAUGAAGCUUUAUAUGAUGUUUUUGAAUCAUACAAAGCAUCAAAAGCUACUAAACCAAAAGCAACUCGCAAACGACCUGUUAAUCUGUCAAUUCCACAUGAGACUGAAGAUUCUCCAAAUGUUCAACUCAUUUCCAAGCAA